UCCUAUCAGAGUCCCUCUUGCCUCGUAGCUGUCUCCCUGGUACACGUAUUUCACUCGACCCCUGUCUCCCAAUCUGUGCUACUCGAAGCGUUAUUCACCCACCCCUGCGUCUGGGUGACUAAUUCGAGGCUAAAGCCUCAGAGUAAGUGUCAUGGCCAUGCCUUUGCUACAUGGACCACGUCUCUUUUAAAACUUACGGUCAGCCAGCUAGCUCUAAUCGCCGCCUCUUUUAUCCUGUCUCUAUCCCUAACACCAAAUGCUGUUAUUAGUUCUAGAGCUAGCCGCGUCCAUCCGGUCGACUUUCAAGUGGGUCGCGCUGAAGCUCUAUCUAUUCUCUGUCGAAUUUUCAUUUACGCCAGACGCGGUCAUUUAUUUAAGGAAUACUUGGUGCGCUUCUUUACUUGUCUUUACUACGGCCUGAAGGUGGACCCAAAAGUCUCAUCAUCAGCCCCAACAGGAUUUGAUGCCGAAUGUCGACGCUACAUAGCAACUGGUGCCAGACUUAAUGCGAGUAACUGGUUAUUUCAAUUUAAAAUAUUCAAUAUUCUUAUAUUCCACUCUUUAUAUCAACUCUAA